AUGGACUACACCGCCGCCAACCCGCAUCUGACGCGUUGGACGGCCGCCGAAGAAGAUGCUUUGGUGCGGCAAAUCGAUUGGAAAAUUAUGCCGGUCCUCUGUGUUACGUAUGCGUUGCAGUGGUAUGAUAAGGCUAUGUUGUCCCAGGCGGCGCUGUUUGGGUUGAUUGAGGAUUUGGGGUUGGGUGAUGGUGGGAGGUAUUCGCUUUCGGCGGCGAUUUUUUAUUUGGGGUUUAUGGCUGGUGCCUAUCCCUCCAUGUUCCUCGCCCAACGCUACCCCGUCGAACGCGUGGCCGCCAUCAUCGUCCUCCUCUGGGGCAUCUGCCUCAUUCUCACGCCCACCUGCACCUCCUACCACGGCCUCUUUGUGCAACGAUUUUUCCUCGGAGCCCUCGAAAGUGGAGUCUCACCCAUGUUUAUGAUGAUUAUUGGGUCGUGGUAUCGCAAAAAUGAACAAGCGUUUCGCAUUGGCAUGUGGUAUUCUUUGACGGGAUAUACGGCGACGUUUUCGCCGUUGAUUAAUUAUGGAUUGGGUCAUAUUGAGGGGAAAUUGAAUGCGUGGACUUAUAUGUAUUUUUUUGCGGGGGGCAUCACGAUAUUAUGGUCCAUCGCCAUUUACUUCUUCCUCGUUCCCGAUCCCGUCCGGGUGAAAUCCUUCUCCUAUCGAGCCAAAUACAUUUUAGUCGCUCGACUACGAACCAACAACUCGGGCGUACGAAACACCAAAUGGAAAAAAGACCAAGUCAUGGAAUUAUUAACCGAUCUGAAAUUCUGGCUAGCUUUUUGGAUGGGAUGUCUUGCAAUGGUCUGCAACGGCGCCCUCUCCACCUUCAUGCCCCUCGUCAUCGCCGGAUUCGGCUUCAGUUCCCUCAACGCGCUCCUCCUCACGAUGCCCGCAGGAGCCUACUGCGGCACCGUCGUGCUCUUAGCGGCAUAUCUGGCGAUGAAAUUCGAACACAUCCGCACCUGGAUUAUCGCACUCGCUCAAGCACUCUCGACGGGUGCGGCGGUGUUGUUGUGGCAACUUCCGACUUCGGAAAGGGGUUGGUUGUUGUUUGCCAUGUAUUUGUUGCCGAGUGCCGCGGCGGGUUAUUGUGUGUUGAUGGGUUUGCAAAUUGCGAAUACGGCGGGUUAUACGAAACGUGCGUUGGCUUCUUCGGGGAUUUUUGUGGGGUAUUGCAUCGGAAAUUUCGUCGGACCCUUCAUCUUUCUCGAAAGAGAACAUCCCAAAUACGGCACCGGAUUCGCCAUUACCUGGAUCACGGCGGCGAUUUCAGGGCUCCUCGCUAUUGCAUAUCGAUACGAAUGUAUACGGGAUAACCGAGCGAGGAAUGCUUCGGGUUGCCGGGAGGCGUUUGAUCAUGCUUUUGAGGAUCCGACUGAUAAAGCGAAUAAACAAUUUCGAUAUAUCAUAUAA